CUUUGAUAUCGAGAUCCGGCGCUAGUAGACUCUUUUUCGCAGACUCUUUCAUGGAUCUUCGCUCACGUGGCCACCGUAGGCAGUUAUGGACAUGAAGGUGGGUCAGCCCAUGAAAGUGGAGCUGAAAGAUUGGAGGCAAGCCCACGUGCCAAAGCUUUGCUUGACAUCAUCAGAUGAAGAUGAGUCUUUCCAUGACGCUAAGAAGGCGGUAGCAAAGCUUGUAAAGCAGGAUGGUGAAGUUUUUGUGGCCGCUUGCGAGGUGAAGAGGCCGCAGUCCUUGGACACAGCACUAGGAGCACCACGCAAUCCAGGGAGCCUAGGACACCCUGAAAUGUGUAGAAGGCCUUGCGUUUAUCUAUCUGCUUAUGGCACAACAUGUCCCAACGGGAAUUCUUGCGGCUACUGCCACUUGAGUCACACGGAGCGACGCACGACUCUGGACAAGAGGCAACGGGAGUUCUUGAGGUCUUUGGAGGAGGGACAAUUGAUCAGUGUUCUCCUGCCGCACUUGCAAGCCAAGCUGACCUUGGGGAAGGUGCCAGCAGCAGCCAUCCAUGUGAUCCAAUAUUUAGAAGCCCGGAAAGACCGUUCGUGGCACGCAGAGGUUCCAGAGAAUCUGGAUUUGGUCCUGGGGCAAAUGAGCUUUUCUUGGCUGAUCAGUCUCUUUCCCUUCAAGAACGACCCAGGCUUUGUUGACACUUUAAACUGUUUGCUGCUGGCCUACGCCACUCACAUUCCAGCUUAUGGGCAGUAAGCUUGCUGCCUGCUGACACUCUCCCUUGCUUCGGCACAUUCGAAACCGAGGGGUUGGAACAAGAUGCAAUAUGCGCAGUCUCGCAGUUGUGCGUGGAGAGACGUAGCUGUCGAUCCAAUCCUGGAAUAUCAGC